CAUCAACAUUUGUUACCACGGUCAUGAAAACAUGGCGGCCCCCAGCAAGAGCGUGGGUAAAUCUACCGGGGACCGUUUGUCGUGCAAUACCACCAGUUUUCAGAAGAAAUCACGAAGUAAAUUAGUUUCUAUACCCGGCACAAGACCCUCGGUUCAAAAUGGACAGCUUAUUGUUUCUACUGGUGUCACAUCUCUUGACUACGUGAUCGGUGGUGGAUUAGCAGUUGGGACCCUACUACUCAUAGAAGAGGACCGUUACGACAGCUACUCUCGAAUGCUGCUGAAGUACUUCCUGGCCGAGGGGGUGGUGUGUGGACAUGAGCUCUAUGUGGCGUCUGCCCAGGACCACCCCAGUGACAUCAUACAGGAGCUCCCCUCCCCAAUCCUGGAUGACAUUGCCAGCCCCAAACCGGUUGAGAGCCAGACCAAGCCGUGUGAUCCUGAGGGUCCAGACACCAUGUCCAUCGCCUGGCGUUACCAGAACCUGCCAAAAGUACAGACAGCCCUGGCCUCCUCGUCGAGAUUUGGACACUACUACGAUGUCUCCAAAACUAUGGACCCUGAGAUCUGUCAGGCGGCCAGGUGCCAUGGCUUUUACCUUCCAGAACACUCCGCCACUGUGUCGUCAUCGCCGGCACCUCCACCCACGGCCACCGGCCAGAGCCCAAUGCCUGAGGCCUAUGUCGCACUGCUGAAGAAUCUCCAGGAAGUCAUCCACAGGGAAGGUUUUGAUGGCUCCCUACCCCAGACAAAGUCACGGAACGUCCUACGUAUCGGGCUACACUCGCUCGGCUCCGCCCUGUGGGGUGACGACCUGUGUUGUCGCGACAACCCCAGUCACGGCCACGCCCUCACCACCCUUCUCUAUGGCUUGCGGGCCCUGCUAAGGUCAUCACUCUCCGUUGCCCUGGUUACGGUGCCCUCACACCUCAUCCAGAAUAAAGCUCUGAUGGGCAGAAUAACCAGGUUGUGUGACACGGCCGUCGCUCUAGAGUCAUUUAGAGGCUCAGAGAGGGAGACCAACCCCCUGUACAAAGAUUACCAUGGUCUGCUAAAUGUGUGUCAGGUGCCCCAUCUAAACUGCCUGGUGUGUGACCUGCCUGACAACAAGGACUUGGCCUUUAAACUCAAGAGGAAGCAGUUCACCAUUGAGAGACUACAUCUGCCUCCAGACCUGUCAGAGACAGUGAGUCGCGUGUCGCAUGGGGGGCUGGCCGGGGCAGCCAUGCUGGGCUCCUCGGGCUGUGGCUCCGCCGGCAACAAACACCUGGACUUCUAGAACACCCAUGAGCAGCGUUGCCAAGGGCAACCAACACCUGGACCCCUGACCCCUUGCCCGGUAUUCUCUUGGCAUGGCAACCAUGGCAUUACGCACUGUUACCCUGCAGCCAUUUACACCACUGUCACUUAGUCAACUGUUUCCCUGACAACUGUUUUUCGCCUGCCAACCACGCCCCCCCCCCAACCAACUGUCCAAUUGACCCAGAAAUCCCCCCUUUCCCUCCUAGGACUGUUUGACAUUUUAUGUUUUAGUCAUUUAAUAAAUGCUGGUGUCCAACACAAUGUACGCAUUGGACUAAUGAGGCAAAGAUACUCCAGGGAGUCAUAGAGCUAUGCUGCAUCUAUAUUGUAAGUCCUUGCACUUGUCCAUACUGCAUUCAUCCUGUCUGACCAGUACCGGAUGUGCCAAUCUGCUACAGCAAGAUUCUAUCAAAGGGUUACUUUAAAUAGUUUUUUGGUGGCGGGGGUGGGGUUGAAUAAAUUUGUUUAA